UAUUAUUAGAAGCAAUGAUCACAACAGGUAUAGACAACAUGAGCUGUCUCAAGUGUUUGUUGAAGAGUUUUGAGGGACUAGAACGUCUUUCCUGAGACACCUGCGGAAGACGGAGAUUGACAGUCCUUAAAUGACACCUGUUUUUACUUCCGUCCUCUCAAGAUCCUAUCUUCGCCUUGCAGUAUAUAAACCUCACCUACCUGAGCAAACAACCAUUUCCUUUCAAGGUCUAGAUCAGUCUGCUUGUUAACGGUGUCUUAGAAAAAGAUUUGAGGGUACUUUUCCCGGUAAAAACACGUCAUAGGCAGUCAUUAAUGUUGUUGCUAUCACGUCGCGGUUGCUUCUUGGCGCUCACUUGCACAUUUGCAGUCGGUCGUCGCACGAUUCUGAUGCGGUUAGGAUUUCAGAAAAACUGUGACAGAACCAAUAUUUAACCGCUGACAAGGGUCUAGGACAGCCUUUUCUACAACAAGACAGCAGGGCAUUUUGUAGGACAUGUGAAUGACUAUUGCGUGAAUGCCAUUACUUUGCGAUCGCACGAUGUAUAUUACCGGGUCCUAACACAUUGCGGGUUGCUAUUUGGCGAAGAACACUGAAGAUAUAGCCUGGUGGCCAUUCUCUAGGGGCCGGCUUUGGAGUGUUUCGACCCCCGUUUCUUGCCAUAGGCCUUUCCUCUGGCAGUCGAUCUUUCCAACCAGCCGAAAUUUCUUAUAGGCGAAGUAGUUGAAACUGGUCCCGUAAAACACCCCCGGCGUACGCUAAUGGACCUGGGCGGACGGGCAGCACUCUGAGCACCGUAGAGAUACCGGCGAGUCUACGACGGUCUGGCUACCAGGCUACUGAAGACAGGGCUGUCCGAUUGUGAUAGGAGGAAAACAUCCUAUAUCCACUAUGAUGGGAAACCUUCAGACAAUCGUUAAGUUUUGUCUCAUCGCACAGACGACCGUACUUGCUGUUGCUAAGGCUACAGUCCCCAUAUCACUGGGGUGCUACCAGGAUAACCCCCCUCACAGCCCUGUACUGGUUGGCCCGGCCACUUCCGCGACAGAAAUGACGGUCCAACGCUGCCUGGCGUUCUGUACGUCGUCUGGACAUAAAUACGCAGGAGUGGUCAACAGUUACGGGUGCCGUUGUGGGGAUCAAUUUCAAGGCGACACUGCUGUCUCGCGCCGACUACAGGCUUCUGACUGCACUGCACCGUGCGGCGGAGACCAGUCUCAGUUUUGUGGAGGACUCAGUGGCUCGCAGAAAAUGGAAGUGUUUGAAGCCUUCAUUGAAGCUUCUAUUGUUGCCUGUGGCGGUAAUUUAAACAAUGACAGUGGAACCAUAUACUCUCCAAACUUUCCUGAAUCGUACCUUCCCAGCCAAAACUGUACUUGGAACAUACAAGUCCACCCUGAAAAUGUCAUCAGGGUAAUUCUAGAACUUUCCGAGCUGUCCCCAGAUGACAGUUUGAUAAUUACAGAGAGUGAAUCAUCACAAAGAGUCAAUAAAGUUCCAAACAAGACUCUGGAUCCGAGUGUGGAAUACAUUAGUGCCAGCAAUAUCAUCAGCGUGCAGUUCCGGACAAAGCCGCAAGGGGAGCAGCAGGCAGGCAGAUUCUUUCUGCGUUAUGAAGCUGUUGGUCGCUGUGAAGCCAUCCCCACUGACUCACGUGUCGUGUCCGUGUCUCCGCCCCUCGCUCUCAUUGGUCAACGAGUGACGGUCACAUGCCAGGAUAGACGCGCAGUUGCAGUGGAGUGUCAGAAAAACAGACGAUUCGACGUCCUGGGUCCCUAUUGCACGGAAACGGGCUUCGUUCAAGUACAAGUGUCCACGAUAGUAGCUGUGACAGUGGCGGCGAUUCUUGUUGUCUCAUGCAGUGUGAAUGCGUUUUUCAUCUUCAAACGCAGAAGACAGAAACGGAUUGUGGAAGAUUCCGAAAUCCCUGACCAUGAUUAUGAAGAAAUUCCUGACGUUCUCGAGAUGAAGAAUUUCUCACUGUCAGCCCUUGGUACAUUGCCUUCUGCCUGUGAAUUCCUUACCAAUGAAACUGGAGCAGACUAUCAGGAAGUGAUCCCUGUGACAACUACAAACCGUGAAUACACAAGUUUGGCCUUGAACUCAUCAACUCUCGCAAGAGCGCACGAGACCGCAACAGGGGGCGAGAGUGAGAAGAAAAACUUCACGCCCAUAACCCUGGGCUCAGUCUCAAUAUCGUCUUCCAGCAAAAUACUUGACGCUGAAUCUGAACUUGACUAUCAAGUACUGAUUCCAGAGACCAUGGAAAACAAUGUCUACACCAGUUUGGCCUGGGAUUCUAGUCUCGCGAGAGAGUGUUAGACAACAGCAGGUGCAGGGAGUGAAAGAACUUAAACAUCAUCAGGCUCAACACAUAUAAAUGUGAACAUCAGUUUAUGAUCAGUACAUGUAUAACCCAAUAUUAAAGUACAGCUGACUUCUGUGGAAUUAUAGUCCGAAAACUUCAUCAUGGACAUAGAAUGCAACAGAAGGGGAAAUAGUUUUAUGGAUUAAUAUGAUUAAAAUGCUUGGCUGUUUUGAAGGUUUUUAAUAUUCUUUCCAGUGGUCCAUAUUUCUCUGCUUUCCUUAAGCUUUCUUAGUAUAACAAGUUAUGAAAGCCUCAAAAGCAUGCUUGAAAUACUACAUCUGCUUGGAGAUUGCAAGCUGGAGAUUACAAGUUUCGACAAAGAGAUAGAAAAAGACAUUGUUCUCGAUAUAUACACGAUUAGUCUGUUGUUUUUCCUUUUUUUUCUUUCAUAUCAUCACCUAGUAGAGGAGAAUUUCAAUCAAAAG